AUGACCCGCCCGCCCACUCCCUCCACCCCUCCACCAACACACCUCCUAACCCUCCUAACCACCCCCUCCUACCCCGAAGCAGAAUCCCUCUUCCGCCGCCUCGCCAGCACCCGCGCCCGCGUCCACGGCCCCACCUCCCCCGACACGCUCGACAACAGCGCCGCCCUCGCCCUCCUCCUCAGCCUACAGGCCAAACACGAAGAAGCAGCGUACCUCCUGCGCGGCGUCGUAACGGCCCGGACGCAGAGUCUGGGAUCGACGCACGACAAGACAGUGCAGAGCGUGAACUGGCUCGCGGAGGUGUUGCUGCGUGAGGGGGAUUUGGCGGGUGCGGAGCGCUUGUGUCGGGGGUUGUUGGACGGGGGGGUAGAAGGGGAAGCUGUGUUGGAUGGUAUGCAUAUCCUCGCUCAAGUGCUGCUAGAGCAGGGUCAGCUGGGGGAGGCGGAGCGGGUGGCGCGGAGGGUUGUAAAGGGCAGGGAGCGUGUGCUGGGGGUUGCGCAUGUGGAUACGUUGAUUGGUGUGCAUACGCUUGCGCGGGUUUUGGCUGCGGGACGGCGGUGGGGAGAGGCGGUGGAGUGCUUUGAGUGGGCGUGGUGUGGGAUGGAGGGUAGGUUGGGGGGUGAGCAUGUGGAUGUUAGGGAGUUUUUGGGGGAUUUGGAGAGGGCGAGGGAGGAGAUGGGAAAAGGAGUGGAGGGGGAGUGUAGUAUAGUGUAG